AUGGCGGGCAACGACAUUAUCUGCUACAUCCACGUCAUCAACAGAUUGCUCGUCGGCUAUGGACUUCAGACAGCUGCUGUGCCCGAUUAUUGCGGCUAUGUUGUUAAACCCGAGGUUGUGGUAGCUCCUGUUGUUAAACCCGAGGUUGUUGUCGCUCCUGUUGUUAAACCCGAGGUUGUGGUAGCUUCUGUUAUUAAACCCGAGGUUGUUGUCGCUCCUGUUGUUAAACCCGAGGUUGUGGUAGCUCCUGUUGUUAAACCCGAGGUUGUUGUCGCUCCUGUUGUUAAACCCGAGGUUGUGGUAGCUCCUGUUGUUAAACCCGAGGUUGUUGUCGCUCCUGUUGUUAAACCCGAGGUUGUGGUAGCUCCUGUUAUUAAACCCGAGGUUGUGGUAGCUCCUGUUGUUAAACCCGAGGUUGUGGUAGCUCCUGUUAUUAAACCCGAGGUUGUGGUAGCUCGUGUUGUUAAACCCGAGGUUGUGGUAGCUCGUGUUGUUGAACCUGAGAUCCUGGUAUCUCCUGGUAGAGAAUCUGUCGCUCCGGAACCGCCUAUUAAUGAAUUCAAGGUUGUAAGUUCUUCUGUUGCAGAGCUCAAGGUGGCGAGGCACUUCAGGCUUGCACCGAUGAAAAUCAUUCUGUUAAAUAAGUUGAGUUUAUCCAUCGGAACAUUUGUCCCGUUGUACAGUUAG